CCAAAUAAAAUCUCCGACUGAAUAGCUUCCCCGCUUCGUCUUCCUUCCUCAAAUCUCUCUGUUCUCACCCUUCACGCGCAGCGGCCGAAGCUAGGCCCUACACGAUGCCCGCCGGCGUAGGUCUAUUCAUCUUUCUCCUUUUAAUCCGCCUCUUUUGCUUCUCCUCCGUCUCCGCCCUCUCCAUCGGCGUCAACUACGGCGCUAACGCCGAUAACCUUCCCCCUCCGGCUCAGGUGGUCGCCUUCCUUAAGCAGAGCACCUUCAUCGAUCGUGUCAAGCUGUUCGAUGCCAACCCCGACAUCAUCCGCUCCUUCGCCGGCACCGGUAUCGCGCUCAUGAUCACCGUUGCCAACGUGGAUAUUCCUGCCCUCGCCUCCCGCAACUCCUCUGCAGCCGCCGACUGGGUCGCGGCCCAUGUCGCUCCCUUCUAUCCCGCCACUAACAUCUCACUCGUCGCCGUCGGCAACGAAAUCAUUGCCACCUCGGAUCGCAACCUCAUCGGCCGCCUAGUUCCUGCGAUGCGCUCCCUCUCAGCCGCUCUCGCUGCCUCGGGAUUUCACCAGAUCCGGGUCUCCACGCCUCACUCCCUCGGCAUCCUCUCCGCUUCGGAGCCGCCCUCCGUCGGACGCUUCCGCCGGGGUUAUGACCGCUCCAUCUUCGCGCCGAUGCUCGACUUCCACCGCCGGACGCGCACCCCCUUCAUGGUGAACCCCUACCCCUACUUCGGCUACACGGCGCGCACCCUCAACUACGCCCUCUUCCGUCCCAACGCGGGGGUGUUCGAUCCCGCCACGGGGAUCAACUACACGAACAUGUUCGAAGCGCAGCUGGACGCGGUGCACGCGGCGAUGCAGCGGCUGGGCUACGGCGACGUGGAGAUCGCCGUCGGGGAGACAGGGUGGCCGUCUUCUGGCGACGCGGGACAGAUCGGAGUUAGCGCGGAUGACGCGGCCUCCUUCAACGGGAACCUGAUAGUGCUGGUCAACUCUGGCAAGGGAACGCCGAUGAUGCCGGGCCGGAGGUUCGAGACGUACGUAUUUUCGCUCUUCGACGAGAACCUGAAGCCCGGGCCGACAGCUGAGCGACACUUUGGCCUCUUCAACGCUGAUCUGACCCCGACCUACGACGUCGGCCUCUUACGCGGCGGCGACCAGGCUCCGGCGCCGGCGCCGGCCCUGGCCCUGGGGGGUGGUGCCGGGCGUUGGUGCGUGGCGAGCGCGGACACGGGUGAGGCGGCGCUGCAGGCCAACAUCGACUACGCCUGCGGUAGCGGCGUGGCGGACUGCAAGGCCAUACAGGAGGGCGGCGCGUGCUUCUCCCCCAACACGCUGCUGGCCCACGCUUCGUACUCCAUGAACAGCUACUACCAGGCCGCCGGCCGCCACGAAUUCAACUGCGACUUCGGCCGCACAGGCGUCAUCACCUCAUCCGAUCCCAGUCACGGGAGCUGCAGUUAUCCGUCAUGAAUUGCAACACUUGCACAAGAUGAUCGAACGGAGGAUUAAUUGAUUUGUGUACGUUGUUCAAAUGAUGUUUUAAUUAUAAUGCAGCUUCGAUACUUGUUUGCCGGGGCAUUUAAUCAUAUGUUCUUGGAUAUCACUGAUGAAAUUAAGUAAGUGACGAGGUUUUCAUAAUCCCGUGCGAGA